AACAAAAUAUUCAAUGUAGUUUCAUAAGUGGGGUCUAGCAAGGAUAGGAUGUACGCACAUCAUACCCUUGAAACUUAUAUGAUGAAGAAUAUAAAAUAUAGUUUAAAAAACUGAGCCUGUAGGGAUAUAGUUUUGGCAUUCUUUUGUAAGAUCAUAAUCAGUAUUGGAGUUUAAGAUGAUAGGAUUGGUAAUUGGACCAAAAGGUGUGAUCUAGUAGCUAUUGAAUCUUGAAAAAAAUAAUGGGAGAUAAUCGUUCGAAUGUUCACCAGAGGUAAAAUAACACGAGAUGAUUUCUUUUGAUUUGCCUGCCCAAGUCUUAGUUAAUAGGAACUGUUAGAAAUCACCAUCAAGAUUGAGCAAGGCGGCAGAAUUUGUUGGACAAAGUCAAGCUUGACUUGGUAUAUCUUAAAAAAAAGUCUAAAUGAAAAGGUUAGUUUUCAUACAAAUUAUGUUACAUCAUGGGAAACAGCUAAUGUUCAUUUACUGAUGAAGUACCUGUGGUCUAUGAUCUUAAGGCAACUUAAAAUUUCUAAUUUGGUGUUGACUCAUGACUGUGAGUAUGUGAAAAUUCUUGUAACAAAAGGUAUUAGCUAGUGACUGAUUGCUGAGUAGAAAUUUAUCAGCAGUAUGGCUGGGGUUUUGUGUCCUAUGCUUCAGCUUCUUUGGACAUGUUGGAUACUGAUGUGCUUGAAUUUCAUGGAUUGCAAUGGUAAAUUAGUAGAGGAGGAAAAGAGGGCACUUUUGGAGCUGAGGGACUCCCUUAACUAUCCCAAUGGAUCUACGCUAAUUAAUGAAUGGGUUGAAGAAAAUUAUUGUGCAUGGGCUGGUAUUUUUUGCAUCAGGGAUCUAAAUAAUGAUGCACAUGUUCUUGAUAUUAUUCUUACCAGUAAAAGGGAACUUGGACUUGGAAUAUGGUAUCCUGAUGCAAACUUGUUGACUCGUUUCACGCAUCUCCAGUCUCUUUAUAUAUCUGGCAACGCUAUUGGCAACUGGAUCAUGCCAGAAGGUAUUCUUUUCAUCAAAAUGUUCUUCCAUUACCUGUAUCCAUGUUUCAUUUGAUCAAAUCUGCGUGUGCAACAACUUACCUACCUCAGUAUUUAGUAGUAUAAUCUGUACAAACUCUUACUGCUGUUAAUAUCUGUUAAACACAAUUAUUACUUUCCUCGAAUCCUUAGAGCUUUAAGAUUUGCUACUUUUUUUGGAAUGAUUCUGCACCGGUGACCCUGAUCUCCUUUCUUCACGUAGUUGCAUGUUGGAGUAUUACUUUUUAACAACUUAUACUUGCAGCAUUAUGCAAAUUGUGCAACCUGAAGGAAUUGGAUCUAAGUUUCAACCCUUUAAAUGGCGAUGCUCUGCCUCAUUUUCAACAUUGUGCGGACUAAAGGAUAUGUGGAAACUAGAUCUAAGCAACAACAAUCUUACAGAUGAUAGCAUGCCACAUUGCCUGUUUGAUGAUCUUUCAUACCUUGAAAGCCUAGACCUGUCUGGGAAUAACCUUAAGAAUUCCCAUCACAUUCUAUCAGGUAAAGUUGGAUAAAUUUCUGUUGUUACAUACAUGAUCUUGUGCAUAUUGUCAUUACUAUUUUCAUUUUCCUAACGUGAGAAUAUCGUUUACAAUUUAGUAUUUCCAUGUAUUAGUGGUUUUCUCUGGUUCUUUAGCCGAGGGUCUAUCGGAAACAACCUUCUACCUUUGAGGUAGGUAGGGGUAAGGUCUGCGUACACUCAGCCCUCCUUAGACAACACUUUGUGUGAUUACUCUGGAUAUUAUGUUGUUCUCGCUGUAAUGGUUUCCUCCAGCUGAACAAACUGUUAAUUGGUGGUGGACCCCUCUCUUCUGCUCUACUCAACUACCAUCUUCUCGGUCUAUAUGCUGUCGUCAAACCAUUGGUAUUGAGUCUGCAUGAAACACAUAAAAACUGACUACAAUUUUUAAGUUAAUGGUAUGAUUCUCAUCAUCUAAAAAUAGCUUCUCUAAAAUGAAACAAAUGUCACCAUGAGGGGAGUCAUUAGAUGAAGAUUGCACAGAGGAACUAUUUUCUUGAUUUGUUAAUUCCAACUGUGACCUUGCAUAUGUAGAUAUCUGAAGAGUUUUUCUUCGAUAAAGAACAUGGUCUGAAUGAAGUUCUACCUUGUAGCUUUUUCCAGUUUCCCCUAACAAUCUUUGCACCAGUAUAAGAUAGCAGCAUGAAUUAUCAAUCCCCUGGAGUUGAGUUUUCAGGUUGUUCCUAUGAAUACGAAACUCAUUUUCUACUCUAAUUAAUGAACUAGACAAAAAACAUCCCUUUUGUUGCUUCAUAUAUUUCUUGCAGCUUUAUGUAGACUGCAGAAUCUCAAAAGGUUGGAUCUGAGUGAUAAUUUUCUUGAUGAUGGAAGCAUACCGACCUGCCUCUUUGAAAAUCACUCAGUGCUUGAAAGUCUGGAUAUUUCACAUAACAAUAUCAGGGGUUCUCCUGGUUUCUUUUCAGGAAUCUGUAAACUUAGGAACCUGCAGGUGUUAAAUCUUCAGGAUAACCUUAUACAAGGUGGACUUGAUCCAUGCCUUGGUGGAAUGACUUCCUUGGUUUCUUUAGAUCUUUCUUUCAAUCAUUUUGAGGGGACUUUCUUCUUACAUAUUCAGCAACCUGACUUUGCUCGAGACCCUUCGUCUUUCAGAUAACAGGUUUGAUGGACUUCUCUUGUUUGCAUCAUUUGCUAACCUCUCCAAUCUUGAAGCUAUUGAUCUUACAAAUAAUGAGUUUGAAGUUGACACUGAAACUCCAUCUUGGGUUUCAUCUUUUCAACUUUUGUCCCUUGACCUACGAAAUACUAGACUAAACCAGAACUAUGGCCAUGUAAUUCCAACGUUCAUCUCCAAACAACACAAGUUGAAGUCCCUGUCUUUGUCCUAUAAUGCCCUUCAAGGAAGCGUUCCGUCCUGGUUGUUGUAUAAUAAUACACUUCUUAUGUUGUCUUUGAGAAGCAACCAUUUGUAUGGUGGAAUUCCUGCGUCUUCUCAGAUUCAAGCAUCAAGUCUUCUGAUGCUUGAUGUAUCAGAUAAUUGCUUAGGCAGUACACUUCGCACUAACGUGCUCGAAUCAUUUCCAGACUUAUUCUAUCUUAACCUGUCAAAUAACACCCUCGAAGGCACCCUUCCUUCAUCUUUUGACAAUCUGCUAAAGUUAGAGGUUCUGGACCUUUCUCACAACUUCCUACAGGGAAAACUUCCUCCAGCUUUAAGACAGAAUCACACUUCAUUGGCACAUUUAGUUCUUUCAAACAACAACUUUCACGGGGAGGUUAUGCCCCGAUUUUCAAAUAUGUCAAAUCUUGCAUACUUGCAUCUUCAAAAUGAUGGAUUUAUUGGAGUCCUCCCUGCUGCUAUGUUUAACCUUCCUGUUCUGAAGGUCAUGGACAUUAGUGGGAAUAAUUUAUCAGGGAAUGUUCCAGAUUAUUUUCCUCUCUUUCCACAUCUAGCCAUACUUAUCUUGGCAAGAAACCAGUUUCAUGGGAUUAUUCCAGUGUCUUUAUGCCAGAUGCAAAAGCUUCAUAUUUUGGACAUGUCAGCAAAUUUACUCUCUGGGGUUUUACCUUCUUGCCUCGGUAACAUAACCGCGUGGAUGAAAGAAUCUCAAGUUCUACUCCUAGCCUUCAUGUGGUUGUCUCCUUCAUAUACUAACUACAGGGUCAAAGUUCCUUUAACAACCAAGGGGAAUGCACUCUCUUAUGAAGGUAUUCCUCUUUCUCAAAUGACUAUACUUGAUCUAUCUAUGAACCAUUUCACCAGUGAAAUUCCAUCACAACUAGGACAACUAGUAGCUCUCCGUUCAUUAAACCUCUCACACAACGUCCUUUCUGGCCAUAUUCCAGAAUCGUUCAUCAACUUAAAGAAACUGGAGAGUUUGGAUCUUUCUUCUAACCAUCUAAUUGGAAAAAUCCCUCCUCAGAUGACUCAACUUGAUUCACUUUCAACUUUAAAUUUGGCUUUCAAUCAUCUAUCAGGAAGAAUCCCGUUUGAAAACAAAUUUGUCACCUUUGAAGCAUCUAGUUAUAGAGGUAACAAGGAACUCUGUGGACCACCUCUGGAAAAUGAUUGUGUGUUCUCGAGCCCGCCUCAGCAGCAUGAAGAAGAAGAAGACGAGAAGCAAGGAAUUGGUGAGAGUGACUUCUUUUUCUUCUCAUGCAUAGCUGUUGCUUAUGUUUUGGGAUUUUGGAGUGUCAUUGCUCCUCUUCUUCUUAGUAGGAACUGGCGCACGACAUAUUAUGCUAAGGUUGAUAGCUGCAUUGAACUGUGCAAGGAGAAACUUCAUCUGUCCUAAUUCUCCAUGAAAAUUUUUAUGCUACUUUUGUUAUUUUAAGAGUCGUUUGAUAGGAUGUAUAAGAAUAGUUCUGAAUAAAAGUGUGUUAGUAGUAAUGCUGGUAUUAGCUACGUUGAUGCUAUUUCUUAUCCACUAUUUAAUAUGUGGCAUAUUUCUACUUUCAA